GCGAAAAUGCACUUUCUAGUUCAGCUAGGGACCUGUUCAGUGUCGAGCGAGUAGACGUCGAGGCACGACUGCUUACUCCUGCAAUUGCGUGAAAGAUGCCCGGUCCGCCAACGACCAGACAUAGUCCGGGCUUGCCAGUCAAGUACUCAUAUGCAGUGGCUGCACAGCUCGCUGCCUGCUCGUUGCGGAAGCCGAUGAAUCGUAUGCCUAGAUUGAUGGCUCAUUCUGCGAUGUCAGAGAGGGAAACUCCAACGAGUCCGAAAAUGACAGCGACCCCAAGGUCCCGCGAGGUCUGGGCAAUGACAUGAGUACCUGUUAAUGAACUAGGUGCCAUGGAGGAAU